GCUGCCCUGGGGGCUGGGGGGGGGUCUCUUUAUAUCUUGGCCAGGGAUUCUUUCAGCUGUGGUCCUCGAGCGUUUGGGGGUUUUGUGUGUCUAGCUGGCAGCUAGGGUCCCUCGUCCUCGGUUCCUCGGCUUGCUCAGCACCCCUCCGAAGCCCAGCAGUGAGAAGGGCGCGCCGCCACCUCCGCGAGGGAUGGAGCAGACCGAGGUGCUAAAGCCACGGACCCUGGCCGAUCUGAUCCGCAUCCUGCACCAGCUCUUCGCCGGCGAGGAGGUCAAUGUGGAGGAGGUGCAGGCCGUCAUGGAAGCCUACGAGAGCGACCCCGCCGAGUGGGCAGUGUACGCCAAAUACGACCAGUACAGGUACACCCGAAAUCUUGUGGAUCAAGGAAACGGAAAAUUUAAUCUAAUGAUUCUAUGUUGGGGUGAAGGACAUGGCAGCAGUAUCCAUGAUCACACCAACUCCCACUGCUUUUUGAAGAUGCUGCAAGGAAAUCUAAAGGAGACAUUAUUUGCCUGGCCUGACAAAAAGUCCAAUGAGAUGACCAAGAAGUCAGAAAGAACCUUGGGGGAAAACCAGUGUGCCUACAUCAAUGAUUCCAUUGGCUUACAUCGGGUAGAGAAUGUUAGCCAUACGGAACCUGCCGUGAGCCUUCAUUUGUACAGUCCACCUUUUGAUUCAUGCCAUGCCUUUGAUCAAAGAACAGGACAUAAAAACAAAGUCACCAUGACAUUCCAUAGCAAAUUUGGAAUCAGGACUCCAUUUACCACUUCAGGGUCACUGGAGAACAACUAAGGAGAAGCAAGGCGCUUUUACUUUAAGGUCUGCUGAAAGUUUUGCCUCGGACGGGAAGGCCUCCCACCAUUUGCUGUUCAACAGUACACUUUACAAAGCCAAUACUUAGAUCUCCUGUAAGUCAGAUGGUAAUUAAUAAGGCAUUAAGUAAGCAAAUAGUGCCCUGAGCUACUGCAGAAGAAAAAUCCCACUAAAGAAAAGAAAAAGGCUUGUGAUUGUAAAGGCCAAACCAAGUGCUCUCCUGGUUUUAUCCUCUAAAUCCAUUGAACCAUCCUGGAAAUGUCAGUGAAGGUUUUUAUAGCUUUUGGAAACACUUUGUUCUCUGAACUGUAAUUAGCAAUAAAUAAAAACAAGACACCACAGCCAUCAAAAGCCUGCCUUGUUACUUGGAUUACUAAAUGUAGAUGUCUUUAGUAUACUUUGUAUGUUCUUAAUGUUUGAAGGGAAUUUUUUUGAACCUAUGAAUUUUAUUUUUUUCAGUCUUAUGUUACAAAUUCCUGUUCUAUUAAUAGGAUCUUAUAGAUAGAGAAAUGUAAGGUACUUUGACAUUUGGUAAUGAAAUGAAGGACAGAUGAUUUAGAAAAGUACGUGUACCCAAACCCACAACAAACCAAAAACAUAAACUCAUGUCUAGUGUGUCCAGUGGUCAUAGUCAAAAACUUUGUAAUGCUCCCCAAAUUCCCAAAUAAUUUUAAUAAAACUGGAUUUGAACACAA